UAUUGGUACACUGACUGAUUACAUGCAGUGCUGGCUGGCAACAACAAGCAAAAGCAGGUGUGUCGAGAAAAAAAACCGCUCAAAACAAUUUCGGAUUUGUGAAAAAAAAUUCUUCGCUCUUUUUAAGACCCAUGAAGCACUGUACUAGCUCGUACUUAGUUUUAGCUCCGAAUAUAUAGAAAGGCUAGGUGACGUUCAGGUGGCAAGCGACACGCAUUAGUCACCAAAUAGUAAACCGGUAUCAAGUUUUAUUUUUCUAUUUUUAUCGUUCAGCUAAAGAUAAACUGGUUCAGUGCUAUGGUCCAAAAGAAAUAAAAUCAAUACCCGAGCUAAGCUUAGUGGAGCGGAUAGAACUAGGAUUUAUAUCGAUAAUUAUAUAACGCAACUGAAAUGGACUUGCUGGAUGAUCGAGGAAUUCUGUACGUGAUAGCAGAUCUGCUAUCACUGAUCACAAUAGCGUCAUGUUUGUUCUGCAAAGUGCCGCAGAUCCAAACGGUACAGAAGCUGCGCUCUGCUACUGGCCUGUCUCUGAAUGGCCUCCUGAUGGAACUGUGCAGUUACACGGUUACGAUGUUGUACAACUUCACCAAUCGCUACGCCUUUCUAUCCUACAUGGAAUAUCCGAUUCUUCUCAUUCAAGAAUACGUCCUAGUGUACGUAGUACUCAAGUAUAAAAAUAUACUAAAUCAGACGUCCUACGUUUGGUCCGCGGUUUAUGUGGCGGUAUUUAUUGGCUUUGCCAGUGAGAUCAUCCCUGGUAGCUUGCUAAUGAUGCUUGUGCCCUUUACGACUCCAGUAGGCGCCACCAGCAAGGUCAUGCAACUGAUCGCAAUCCUGCGCUCCAAGGAUUCUGAAUCGGUUAGCUUGAUAACAUGGGGUUUGUCGGCAUUCACCAACUCAACCCGCAUUUACACCAUCCUGCUAGACUCGGGAGAUCGAAUGCUGCUGGCUAACUUUGGUAUUUCCACGAUUUUAAGCUCGUCAGUUCUUUUGGCCGCUUGGUACUACAAGAAACCAAAGCAGGAAUAAUAGCAUCACCACAUUUACAAAGCCGUUUACUUCUAUUAUGCCCUUUACUAAACACCGCGGCGGCUACCGAGCGGUCUCAGUUACUCAUGCUUGCCUUCACUAGCCAAUGAACAUCUUUUAAUUAAUUGACCAACAAAUAUGACAUUGAAAGUGACUAUUAAUCUAGUCAGCAAAAAAGUAUAAGAACAUAAAAAAAAAUACAAAAAAAAACAGUUUUACCAGAUUUUACACUUACCUCGGACCGUGUGAUUAUGUAGCAAGUUCUUCAAGUUUUAGCACAAAAAAGACAUGAUAGGGAAUAAAUAAUUGAUGAAA